CCUCCCUCACCCAGGUCGGCCAAUCGGCAGGCAGCGGCCAGGGGCCGGGGCGAGGCCGAGGGCAGGAUCGGACUCUGCUCGGGCGAGAUGGCAGCGGCAGCUGUGAGGGGCGCCAAGCAGAGCCUGCGGGCUGAGCUGAAGCAGCGUCUGCGGGCCAUAAGCACCGAGGAGCGGCUCCGCCAGUCACAUCUACUAACCCAGAAGGUGAUUACCCACAGUCACUAUCAAAAGUCCAAAAGAAUUUCCAUCUUUCUGAGCAUGCAAGAUGAAAUUGAGACAGAAGAGAUUAUCAGGGACAUUUUCCAACAAGGCAAAACCUGCUUUAUCCCUCGGUACCAGUUCCACAGCAAUCACAUGGAUAUGGUGAAAUUAGCAUCACCUGAAGAAAUUUCUUCACUUCCCAAAACAUCCUGGAAUAUUCAUCAGCCUGGUGAGGGUGAUGUUCGGGAGGAGGCCUUGUCCACAGGGGGACUUGAUCUCAUCUUCAUGCCAGGUCUUGGGUUUGACAAACACGGCAACCGACUGGGGAGGGGCAAGGGCUACUACGACGCCUACUUGAAGCGAUGUUUGGAGCAUCAGGGGGUGAAGCCCUAUACCCUGGCCCUGGCUUUCAAAGAACAGAUUUGCCUCCAGGUCCCAGUGGAUGAAAAUGACAUGAAGGUAGAUGAAGUCCUUUAUGAAGACUCCUCAACAUGUUAAAUACAGAUGACCACAGCCCAAUAAUCAGCAUUAUAUAUGAGAGUAAAAUAAAAUAUGUGUAUUUUUCCCUUGUCAAAAAUGAGUUGAAAUUGGACAUUCAUGUGAAAUGGACUGCAUUUUUAAAAUGUGAUUAUAAAAUACCUAAUAAAACUAUCUUUAAAAAUUAAUAGAAGUAUGAAUAGUGAAAUGUUAAUUAAAAUGGAAGCUAUCACCAUAUGGUUUUUCAGCU